AUGAAGUACGCACUCAUCUUCGUUGCCACUGCCGCUGCCCACGAGGCCUACGGUGGAUACGGUGCGCAAGCAGAGUCCAGCUCCGUCGUCAAGCCGAGCACCUCCGCGAAGCCCAUCGGAUACACGACUAUCGUGCCCGGCUAUGGCAAGCAGCCGGUCACCGUGACCACUCAACAUCAGCCGUACCCCACCUGCGUGUCCCCCGCCUAUGGUGGUAAGGACUGCGCCAAGUGGGAUGAGGAUGCCUACGUAUCAACUGUCAUCAAGGACUACGACAACAACUACGCUACGAUCACCAAGACCGCGCAGCCCGUUGUUGUUUACCACACCAAGAAGACCAUCACCCACUCCGCUACUGCAACAGGCGGCUACGCGGCGCCCACUGGUCUGGCCCCUAAGAACGGCACUGACGGCUGCUGGUACGAGCUGUACGAGAAGAUUGAGUCGGUCCCAUACAACCAACUCGGUCCUCACGCACUUCCCGGAUACCCCGGUUCCGGCCUUUACAAGGAGGGCGAGCAGAAGCAACCCGUCAACGUCAAGGAGUACAAGGGCGGAAAGUGGUCCGAGUACGUCCACGAGUACUCUUACGGCACUCCUAAGCCUGAGGUCACCACUUACGAGAAGCCUGGCGUCUACACUGUCCCAAGCAAGGACGUCACCGUUGAGCACCCCGUCACUUACCCAGCUGAGGCCACAAAGACUGCGAAGGCUGGCGAGACAUGCACCUACGGAGGCCAGUACAUCGAAGCCAAGCAGACUGGCUACAUCACGGGCGCUUACGGUGCCUACGAGACAAAGGUCAACGGUGGCAAGACUGUCACCGAGACAGUGAUCAAGCACACCACAAUCUAUGCCUCCACCACCGGCAACUACGAGGUCGCGAAGCCCACCACCACCGUCUACGACCACGACACCGAGGUCGCAUACCCCACCGCUAAGCACUACGAGGCGGGUGUCUACCACCAUGAAGCUCAGACUGUCACCAUCACCAAGCCUGGACAAGCCUAUACUUGCGAGUACGAGCAGACCAAGAAGCACGAGGCUACCUCAGCACCUGCGAAGAGCAGCGGUCAUGCAGCCUACCCUACCUCCGCCUCCGCUCCCGCUCACGACAACUCUUACGGCCACAACAAGCCAUCUGCUACUCCCAAGCAGCCUACUGAGGGUGACAACAAGUACCCCUCGUACCCCGCCGGUCCCAUGAACGGACACUCAUCUUCAGUCCACGAGGCAUACCCAGCUUCCACUCCUUCUUACCCCAAGAAGCCUACUGAGGGUGAGAACAACUACCCCUCUUACCCUGCCGGUCCAGCCAAGGGUCACUCCUCAUCUUCGGUUCAGGAGUCUUACCCAGCUUCAACUCCUGCCGGUGUCUACUCCAAGCCAUCCUACAACGGCGGCAACGCUUAUGGCAACAACGGAAAGUCUACCAUGACCACCGUCUCCACCAAGGAGUACCCACACCCGGAGUCCACCCCUGCUUACGGCACUGAUUCAUCAGUGAUGGCCAGCUCCACGCCCUGCGAGAGCAGCACUGCUUCCGUUACCCCUGCUUCAUCGUCCGUCUACAGCGCUUCUACCCCCGCUGCUGUCUACUCCAAGCCCUCAUACAACGGCAACAACGGCUACGGCGAGAACGUCAAGUCGACUCUCUCCACCAUCUCUACCAAGCCUUACCCUGCGUCCACUCCUGUAGAGCACUACCCCGCGAGCGCCAGUUCUACUCCUUGCGAGAGCAGCACCGCAUCCGUCACACCCGCCAGCUCAUCCGUCUACAGCGCCCCGGUCUACAGCCAGGCUACCCCCAGCCCAGCCGAGUCUUCGUCCACCAGCACUGAGGUCUACAGCCAGGCUUCCUCAACUCCUUGCUCUUCCUCUGUGCAGUCGACCCCGACUCCCGUCCAACCGACUUCCACUCCUGUCUACGAGAACGCAUACCCCGCUGGCGCCACCUCCACCCCUUGCGAGAGCGACAAGCCUUCCGCUACUCCUGUUGUUCCUGCCGCAUACACCCCUGCCCCUGCUGAGAGCUACGGUAACACCCAGACUGGCUACUCCAGGCGUAGUGGAAUGAGCCAGCGCCGCGCUGCGCAGUAA